CUCAGAACUCGGAAGUACAGGGGAGCUGCUCAGCUUCUAGCUGCAAUGGAUCAGUGACGAUUGAGGAACGCACGGAAAGAACGGGAAAAGUUAGAAGAUGGAUGCCUUGAAAGCCUCAUACGGCGACGUUUCUUCUGAUUCUGACUCGGAAUCCGAUCCCACUCUUCCUCCGCCCUCCACUUCUACUUCCAUCGCCGCGGAGACAUUCACGCCUCUGCCGCCGCCUCCUGUCUCUCUUCUUGACACGCCCAGUUCAUUGGGUUCGUUUGAUUACUUGCAAAGCAGUCAAGUCAAUCGAGUUAGAAGCUUCCCUCAUGUAGAAGGCAAUUAUGCUCUUCAUGUUUACAUUCCAGUUCAUAUACCAUCUGCAUCGAGGAAGGAGUUGGCUCAGUUUUUGGAAAGGGUCACGGCUCUUGUUCCCGGUCUUAAUGUUGUUGAUGUUGAUGUACCUUUAAGUAGUUUGGUGAGAGACAACAGUAAGCUUGAGCAAGUUGCCUUAGGUAGGGAAUUUCAUAUAAGUUUGGGAAGGACUGUUCCCGUUCGUGUACACCAGAUCAACUCAAUAGUCUCGAUGCUUCGUCAGAGGCUGCAAUCUCAGAAGAGGUAUUGGAUAAAUUUCGACAAAUGGGAGAUUUUUGUGAAUGAUGAUUGCACUCGCACUUUUCUGUCGUUGGAAGUUGUCAAAGGAGGCUUAUUUGAGAUAACAAAACAGAUUCAAGCUGUUAAUGAGGUGUAUAGGCUUCACAAUCUUCCCGAAUUUUACAAGGAUCCACGCCCGCAUAUAUCCAUAGCUUGGGCAUUAGGUGACAUCAGUGAUACAUUGAAGAGGAUGGUAGAAGAAGAGAUGAAGAGAUACCUUGUUGGGAGUUCACAACAGAAGCCCAUAUUUACAACCAAAUUUAGUAGCAUUUUGUGUAAGAUUGGCAAUAAAAGUUAUGAGAUUUGCAAAUUUCAUGGAGAGUAAUUGUGUUACAGCUAACAGCAUUGGCAUUCUUCCCCCAAACAACAUUAGCAUUCUGAUUGUAUUAUAUGAUGAUUAAGUAUGCUUGCUGAAGAAAUUAUGUUAGAAACUCUGAAUCUUGAUGUCAUAUGUCCAAAUCACAUGAUUUUUUACGGUCUUUGAA